UAUGUUAAUAUGUUUCUCUAGUUGAACUUUAAAAAAAAAAACACUCUGCAAAAUUCAUCAAUCCUUAUUAUUGAAGGUGGGGGAGAAUUUUUUAUGCCAAUUGAUUAAUCUUUUUCAUUUAUAUUUUUGCCCCCACUAGAACAUAAUCCUGUCUCCACCCCGGUUGGGAUCAAUCUUAAAUUGAGGAUUGGUUCAAAUGACCUUAUUUUGUCGUAAGUUCACCUUGUAACCUCACCCGAUUGAGAAAGUAACCUUUGGUAUCUGUGCCCAAUUAUUAACAAUUGCCUAGACUCAAAUCAUCCUUAUUUUGUUAUUUUGGUCUAUUGUUGAAUGCAGUGGAGAUCCACUGUUUUUGGAGCCUUUCUGGAUGCAGCAUGCUGCUAGCAGUGCACUUCUUGUGGCAGGUUGGCACAGGAUGAGCUAUUCAUUCAGUGAUGGCUCUUAUAUGUCACAACAGCUCGAGAAACGCAUCCGCAAAGUACAUGAAAUCGUCGGGAACGCCAACACAACCGGAAGAUUCAUUGUUUUUGGUUCAGGCUCAAUUCUGCUGCUAAAUGCUGCAGUUUAUGCUCUUUCCCUUGAUAACUCCUCCUCCCCUGCAGGGGUCGUAGCCUCAAUUCCUUAUUAUCCGGCUUAUAAAGAGCAGACCAAUUUCUUCCGAUCCUUGGACUAUAGAUUUAUUGGAGAUACAUCUAUGUGGGAGAACACUUCGGAUGUCAAAACCAAUGUCAUUGAGUUUGUAACUUCACCCAACAAUCCUGAUGCUCAGUUGAAAAAAGCAGUUCUGCAAGGCCCAUUUGUCAAAACAAUUUAUGAUCAUGCCUACUAUUGGCCUCAUUUUACUGCAAUUCCAGCUCCAGCAGAUGAAGAUCUCAUGAUAUUUACACUUUCUAAGCUUACUGGCCAUGCUGGCUCUAGAUUUGGAUGGGCAUUGAUAAAGAAUGAGACUGUGUAUCAGAGAAUGUUGCAAUAUACUAGGGAAAACAGCUUUGGUGUUUCUCGUGACACUCAAUUAAGAGCUUUGAAGCUACUAGAAGUGGUUCUUGAAGGUGAAGGAAAAGAAAUAUUUGAUUUUGGAUACAAGACAAUGAAGGACCGCUGGGAGAAAUUGAGUAAGAUUUUGUCGGUUUCAAAACGAUUUUCUAUCCAACAAAUUGCUCCUCGAUACUGUACUUACUUCCAACAAGUCAGAGGACCUUCUCCAGCUUAUGCUUGGUUCAAAUGCGAGAGGGAAGAAAAUAAAGACUGUUAUGCAGUCCUAAGUGCAGCCGGUAUCACGGGGCGCGAUGGUAACUUAUUUGGCGCUGGAAGUGGAUACGUGCGUCUCAGCCUCAUCAGGACUCAAGAUGACUUUGAUUUAAUGUUGCAGAAAAUGGAAACAUUAGUCUCUGGGAAGAUGGCAUCGAAACGAUGAGGAGAAGGCAAUCGACAUUUCGUCAAUUCUAAUCAGAUCACACAGAACUCCAACAUCAGAAUGAGGGUUAACCUCACAAGUAGUGAAGUACAUCUUCAUAAUCCAUAAUAUGAAUUGAGGUCACCACAUAUCUGUGGCAUUAGACCAUAAUUUUUAUUUGUCGAUGUGUGCAAAAUUGAAACGAACUGUAAGAUGUAGCAAUGACUCUUUUUUCGUAUCAUCUAUAUUGUGGGAUCGUGUUUGGAACUAGUCCCUCUGUAAUGAAU